UAUAAGUAAUGCAUCGUUUCAAUUCAAGUAGAUUGAUAUUUGAGAAGAAUAUUUGUAAGGUAAGACAACUGAGACAAUGGUCGUUGUCAAAGGAUCCAAUCGUCCUGCCCUGAUGAUUGUGAUAAUGAUCCAAGUCGGGACAUUCAGAACCCACCAGGAGACGAGUGAAGGAUGCUGCUGUCUGCUCGGGAGAUGAUAUUCAUCGUGUGUUGUAUCUGGGUCCAAGAUCGGCUUCAUGUCAAGGCAGAUAAUAUCAUGUUACAAAAACCAAGGCGCCUCAGUUCUACUUACAAAUGGAAAUCUGAUGGCAAAGAUUAUUAUUACCACUCCUACUAUGCCAAUGAUGGCAGCAAGAUCAGAUGGCCAGCCAGAAGUGGUUUUCAGGCAGGCCCCUACUGGCAGGGAGACUUGCAAGGGUUCUACACAGUACAUAACAUCACAGUCACCAGCGACGACCAUACUACAUUUGCUUCAGACAUCAGAGAUGCGUACAUUGGUGUGUCGUCAGUUGACAUCAAGUGCCCGGAUGACGACGUGACCUGGUGUGGUCAAUGGCCGGCAGAUACAUUACCUCGAGAAACCUUGACCUUCAGCUGUUCCCACGUGCAGCCUGUGAGAUUCGUGAGGGUCUGGAGAAACAUCACAGGCUACCUGACUGUCCAGGAGGUCGAGGUUGAGGGCACUCCGAGAAGAACAAGGGCCGCCAAGUACAACAAGAGUCUUAACAAGAAGCUGUACACACCGCUGACGUCAGUGUAUGCCAUAUCAGCCAGUGACUGUGGUAUCAAGUGUUACAAGACCCAGCCUUGCCUCGGUUUCAGCUACAAUCCAUCUGCUGAUCCAUCCUGUCUCCUUGCGACAUCAACAAAAUCGACAACAGCCACCGACUGGGUUACGUACUCCAUCACUGACUGCUCCAACCACAUCACUUGUGACCUGACUGAUCAGUUCAAAUAAUUACCCUUCAUUACUCGAUUUCUAGUUCUACUACCCGUGCCAGCUUUUGAAAUACAAUCAAACAUGCUAUUACCAGCAACCACCGCCGAACGACUCUUGUUCCGAAGCUGUGUAAUCAAGGUUACAACAUGCAAGGCCUUCGAAAUCUUGUACAAUGUUUUAUGGUAGACAUGCAGAGGACAUUUAAGAAUUAACUUUGUAUAAAUUCAUUCGAUUAUGAACCGUUAUAGAGUGAGGGCCAAACUGUAUGAACGACGGAGCCUGCUAGACACAAAGUGAAAAUCAAUUGUUAUAAUUCUUCAACACAAUUUCUUACCUCAAAGGAUGUAGACCGAGAUUUAUACACUAUUUUAUUUAGUACGUGUGACUUCAUGUUUACACUGACAGCCAUACAACAAUCGGCUGUAUCGCCGAAUAAAUAAGUUCCUAAAAACGAGAGAUGAUAUGAGCGUAUGUAUGCACAACUUGCCCUUCAGAAAAAUCUUACGCAACACCUGUAUUCAAAUAAUAUACUCAUAAGAUGAGAAAUGACUUAAGAACCACCCUAGUAAGUUACUCACAAUGACAGCGUUAGUCAUAAUUCAUUUACAUCAAGUGCAAGACGUCAAAAUGGCCGACACGAUAAACGUGACGGGAGAUUUCCGAAGUUGUUGAUGAACGUGGGGCAGUUACAUGUUUUAGUCAUCAUUGAUCAGUUGGCCGAUUACUGAAAGGUGAUUAAAGGUGUGUCAAAAAGGCACUCAAGGUUAUUUCAUAGAUUGCUGUAGAAUGUCACUGUCAGCCUAGACACGGAUCAAGUCGAUACUACAAUAGUUUUGAUGUGCAUUUCUUCGUUUUGUUCAUUAGGAUGGGUCAUAUCAAGGAUAUGCAUGAACGAUCGUAAAACUCUCUGACGUUACUCAGUGUUUACUGAAACGUCACAUUGUGUCGUUCAUACACGUAUGAACCUCAAUUUUGCGGUCCUGUGACCCAACUCUCGUCCAGUGGAAAUGCCGUUUAUCGUGUUAACUUCAAAUUAAAAAUAUUUCCAAAUUAAACGCAUCAAUUGAUUCAAUAUGAUUCAAUUCCUUAUUUUGACUUGAACCUUAUGUCCCGUUC